GGGUUUUCAGCGGCGGAGGAAUACACCAAGCUAUAUAGACAGAGAUCGCGAGAGAUACACACCUUCAACCCAUCAGUAGAGGUCCCGGGAACUGGUCAAUCUCGUAGUCUAGUUUUAGAAAACUAACACAUUCAGCGCCGACAGACAUGGCUGACCAACUAACAGAGGAGCAGAUUGCCGAGUUCAAGGAGGCAUUCUCCUUGUUCGAUAAGGACGGCGAUGGCACCAUCACAACCAAAGAGCUGGGCACUGUGAUGAGGUCGCUGGGACAGAACCCCACAGAGGCUGAGUUGCAGGACAUGAUCAACGAGGUCGAUGCUGAUGGCAAUGGAACCAUUGACUUCCCAGAGUUCCUUACAAUGAUGGCCAGGAAAAUGAAGGACACAGACAGCGAGGAGGAGAUUCGCGAGGCGUUCCGGGUAUUCGACAAGGAUGGGAAUGGUUACAUUAGUGCAGCAGAGCUCCGUCAUGUCAUGACAAACCUGGGAGAGAAGUUAACAGACGAGGAGGUCGAUGAGAUGAUCAGAGAAGCCGACAUCGACGGAGACGGACAGGUCAACUAUGAAGAAUUUGUACAAAUGAUGACAGCAAAAUGAAGCUCUCCUACCCUUCUCCUGGCCUCCUUAGAAGACAAAAAAAAAUCAGUCACAUGUUUUACUUACCUCUUGCAAAAAUCUGUUUCUGUAUAGAAAACAUAACUGAAUGUUGAAAAAUGACAUCUGUCCACAUAAAAUAAGUUUAAAAAAUUAAGCAAAAAUAAAUUAUCUGCAUGUACUGGUUAGUGGUCCUGUCCCCAAAGAUGAGUUUAGACAUCAGUAAUAAGAUAAAAUAAUACCUGUAAACAAAAUGUCAACAACUAAAGAAAGCACUUGGUGAACUGCCUAUUGGUUCCAGUUGCUAGUGGUAAUGUUUGGGCUGACCAUUUUUAUAUAUUUUUCUGUUUCUGUUCUUCAUGCAUGCAGCUUGAGACUGGUGCCGCAGUCUGGCCAAUGGGCUCACUCUGAUUCCACAGCGGUGCCAUGGGUACCGUUGGUGGGUUUUGGUGCAGUCUAUAUUGAGAGACGAGCUCACGAGAUGGGGAUGGGGAGUCCUACUAAACCACCGGGGGUUGGUGCACCUUAAUUGGGGAGGAUGGGCUUGUGAUAAUGGCUGGACCGGGAGGUGGUGAAUGGUAUCAAAUGGCUCAAACGCAUGGUUUCCAUGGUUUCCAUGUCUUUGAUGCCAUUCCAUUCACUCCAUUCCAGCCAUUAUGGGCUGUCCUCCCCUCAGCAGCCUCCACUGUACUAAACUCACAUAGAGAUGGAAUUAAUGGGACCUUUUGCAGUUUGCUUAAUUCAUUACAAAAAUUAAUAUUUUUAAGAUGAUGAACAUUUACAAAAUAAAUACAUUUAGAACUAUGUUUGGCAUGUUGGGAAUAUUUGGAGUUCUGUUUCCUUGUUGUGCGUGAAACUUUGGGUAGGAUUCAAGGGUGGGAGGUGGGCUGGAGAUCUUUUUACCUGCUAGGGGAAGUCUUUGUUUUUUUUGGCAAGGGAAUGCGGAUGUACCGUCAAUGUUUCUACCUUCUGUUUCUCGACUCUGACCAUGGUUGCGUGUGGGUUUUGAGUGACCUACAGCGCAUCAUAGGGUCUUCAACACCAGAGUCUUCUCUAGACUGUCCAUCUUGAGUUCAGUUUACCUUCAUUCCAAGUUGUACAUGCUAGUCUUUGAUUAUAAUUUUUUUUUCAAUAAAAUACCAUGAACUUAA